GCUCGAAGGGAACCGAAUUCUGUUUAGUGAGCAUCAAAUACGACUUUUAAACAAUUUGAUGCGAAGAGUUGUUUUAUUUUUUUUUUAAUAUACCGCCGAGCUCGGGAUACACAAAGUCCAAUGUAGUGGAUUUUUUUUUUUUUACUGCUUAAAGUGGAGACCUGUUGCCUACCUUGCCUUGCCUUGCCUUGCCUGCCUCGCCGACUUCCAACUACCCAAGAUGUUGCUUUGUGGAUGGGAUGGCCUCAGGUCCCGUCUGUUUGCGCAUUCGUAGCCUCGUCGGAGUACGAAUAUUUCCCAUUAAAGUUAUUUUGUAGCGCUUCUCAGCUGGGAAGAUGCACGUGUCUCUGGCAGAAGCGUUGGAGGUUCGAGGAGGUCCGCUCCAGGAGGAGGAGGUCUGGGCAGUGCUCAGCCAGAGUGCCGAGAGCCUCCAAGAACUUUUUCACAAAGACCCUUCAGCCAUGGGCUUCAUCAUCUCCCCCUGGUCCCUCCUGCUCAUGCCCUCUGGAAACAUCUCAUUCACAGACGAGUAUGUCACCCAGCAGGACCUGAGAGCCUUCACAGCUCCAGAGGUGCUUGAAGGGGCCUCCCUAUCUACUGUCUCUGACAUAGAGAAGAUGCACAUGUACUCUCUGGGUAUGACUCUGUUCUGGGGGGCAGACUACGAGAUCCCCCAAAGUCAGCCUAUGAAGUUGGGGGAGCACCUGAACAGCCUGCUUCUCAACAUGUGUGAUGAUGUUACACUGAGUCGAAUGUCGAUGCGCACGGUGCUGGACAUCUGCAGCAAGCACAUUCGAAACUCCAGUUGUGACCCUCCCUUCUCUUAUAUCAGAAAACUGGUCCGGUUGGUACUGGGCAGCCUUUCCCAGUUGGACGGUCUGCUGACUGAUAGAGAGUCUCUUCCGGAGCGGAGUAAGGAGAUUCGAGAGAGGCUUAGGGGCAAAGGUUUACCCUCAGGCAGGAGUGCCGCCCCCAGAGUUCUGGAGCGCUACCGAGCCAGGACUCAGGAGCAGACCUCUCUUAACAGGGGCCUCAGUCGCUCCAUGGGUUCUCUGCCAAUCCAGGAACUAUUGAAGGGGGACGAGGUGGCAGCCCUACAGUAUUCACUGCCCAACUCUGAUUCCCCAACAGACCUCUACUCCAGACCCCCCUCACUCCAGCACCAGCACUCCUAUCCAUAUCUACACCCGCUCCAUCCCCAGCAGAAGGGACGGCCUGUGGAACUGGACCGGAGGUCUUUACCCUUUCACAGUGGGGACCUGGGUCCUAGUCAGGCCAGGAAGAACUGGGCUUCCUCUGUGGACUUGGCUUACAUUGACCCAGAGGCUCUUCGUUUUGGGGCUCUGGAGGACGCGCGGAGAGGCAGCAGUGCCAUAAGCACUCACUCCAUUGGCAGGCACAAAUCGCCCUUUCUGUCAGGUCGGGAGUUGGAUACUCGCUACUCGGAAUUUGCUGGAUUGAAGAGUAGGAAGCCUCAUCACCACUCAGCCCUGUCUGUGGGCUCGGGUCACCCUGGCGCCUACGACAGGAUAAAGGAGAAACAGAGGAAGCUUCAGGUGCUAAGACAGGCGGUGGAUGACCCAGUCCACACCCACCAGAGGUACCAUAGUGAUUACAGCUCAUCCAGCGAAAGCCCCUCAGUGACCUCCUCUGAUCCAGACUACAGACAUGCUAAGAAACCAGGCGAGGUGAGGAGGUUUGGCUCUCAGCUGGCUCUUUCCUCUGAGCACGAUGCCCUGUCGCUGACCAGUCACAGUGCACACAGGCUCAGGCAGUAUGAGGGGGCAGCUGAUGAAGGUCUGGUUGGAGCAGAGUUGCUCCUCCAGAAGCAGGAGGAGGAGGUGCAGCGGCUCCAGGCUCACCUGGCCAACAGGCUGUCCAGGGCCAACCUCUACCCCCCAGACGACCCCCUGGCCCCACCUCGCACUUCCAUGCUCGAUCUCCGAGACCCACUCUACACCUCCUCUGUUCCACUUCGCAAAUCCAAGAACUUCCUCGGCCCUGAGUUUGUGAAGAUGGCCGGUGAGCCUCCCGUCGCUCUUUCUGUCCCCUCUUCAAUAAUGAAACGUGGGAAGGUGGAGGAGGUGCAGCGGAAGGUUGGCGUGGUGCUGCUGAAUGGCCAAAAGCUGGAGCUGAGUUGUGACAUCAAAGCUGUGUGUAAAGACGUUCUCGAUAUGGUGGUCGCCCACAUCGGGCUGGUGGAGCACCAUCUCUUCAGCCUUGCAUACCUCAGAGAUAAUGAGUUUUUCUUCGCCGAUCCUGAUGCCAAACUAUCCAAGGUGGCCCCAGAGGGAUGGAAGGAAGAUCCUAAGAAGAAGAAAUUGGAUGUGCCUUUUAAUCUUUUCUUACGCAUCAAAUUCUUCCUUGAUGACGUCAACCUCAUACAACAUGCUAUGACCAAACAUCAGUACUACCUACAGCUGAGGAAGGAUAUCUUGGAGGAGAGGGUGCGCUGUGACACAGAAAAUGCCAUGCUGCUGGCGUCACUGGCACUGCAGGCUGAAUUCAAUGACUACCAACCUGAGCUCCAUGGGAAGACUUAUUUCAGGUUGGAGCACUACCUGCCAGCAACAGUCCUGGAUAAGGUGAACCAGACGACCAUCAAAGAGGAGCUGCCCAAACUUCACAGCAACUACUACGGAGCAUCAGAGUCUGAGGCAGAGUUUGAGUUUCUCAAGGUGAGCCAGAGGCUGACAGAGUACGGUGUCCAUUUCCACCGGGUGCUUCCUGAGAAAAGGUCCCAGACUGGCAUCAUGUUGGGUGUCUUCACCAAGGGGGUGCUCAUCUUUGAGGUCCUUAAUGGAAAUCGAACCUCGGUGCUAAGGUUCCCCUGGAGGGAGACAAAAAAGAUUUCCUUUGCAAAAAAGAAGAUUUGCCUUCAGAACACUUCAGAUGAGAUUAAACACCAGUUUCAGACAGACAGCAACAAGACGUGUCAGUAUCUGCUACAGCUCUGCUCGGAUCAACACAAGUUCCACCUGCAGAUGAAGGCCCGCCAAAACAACCAGGAGCUGCAGGAGCUGGAGAACAACCCUCUGAGCAGCUUGCAGUAUCCUAUUGACCCUCGGGGUGCAAACUCAGUGGGCAGGACAGUGAGCUCAGGCAGCCUGGGCCCCAGCUUAUCUACUCGCUCCAACCCAGACCACCUGAAGAGGAUCUCAUACUCAGAAGUAGCCCUGAACAAGUCCCCAUCAGGCCCGUUAUUAGUCCAAGAUGAGCUCCACUUUCCAGGUUUCAAUCCAGCCACCUCAACGGUCCUUUCCAACCCCCGGAUUAUGAGCCGCUCUCACCACAACCUCGCACAGAUGCCAGAGUCUCUGGAGCACCAAGCGCCGGCCGAGUCAUACCAUGGCCAGUUGCACGUCAGGAUGAGUCAGGCACCACCCAACCAAAUUGCCUCUCGCUUGCAGCAACAGCAGAUAGCAAGCUCGGACACAGACUCGCUCUCACAACAACAGGACAAAUCAUUUGGAGUACUCUCCCACAGCAGCCCAGCCUGGAGUCACGGUAGAAAAAAAGAAUCCGACUCGUCCUCCAUAGAGGACACUGGACAAGCAUAUGUAGUAGGCGUCAGUAUGCACAGUUCCUCUGGUACUCCCUCAACCCCCGCCUCUGUCAACGACUCACUCAAGAAAAAGCUCAGUGCCUUACCGUCUCCAGAGAGAGAAAUCACAACUGUACACCUGAAGAAAGAUGUGAAAUAUGGCCUGGGGUUUCAGGUUGUGGGAGGGGAGAACUCUGGUCGUAUGGACCUCGGCACAAUUAUUAGCUCCAUCACUCCUGGGGGUCCUGCUGAUGUCAAUGGCUGCCUCAAACCUGGUGACCGGCUGAUCUCAGUGAAUGAUGUGAACCUCCAUGGCCUGUCUCAUGCCACUACAGUCGAUAUCCUCCAGAAUGCUGCUGAUGAUGUUAACCUGGUGGUGUCCCAGCCCAAAGAGAGGCUGUACAAAGAAUCUCCUUCAGACUAUCUUCCCUACCAAUCCAACUCUGCAUUAAAGGCACUUAACCCAGGACAGAGACGAGACCUAGAUUUUGAUAGCUCCUCAGAGGAGAAGGUGGUAGCAGGAAGCCCUAUCACUCCUCUCCCAAACGCUGGCACUCUGUCAUCCACCUCAUCCCCAGUCCACCAGCUCAUCGUCCUCAACUCACAGGACACCAGGACAGGAAGUGUUGCUAAAGUCAGCAAACCUCCUGCUAUUAAUGUUCAGCAUUGCCUCGAGAGAGCUAAAGCUGUUCCCGCUACUGCGCCCAUUGCCCAGCAUCAAAGACCAGAACCUGAUGUGGGUUUGGAUCCUACACCUCCAGCUCUGCCACCCAAAACUAGAAAACCUAAAGUGUCUGAAGCUCCCAAAGUCACCGAGCAUUCAGACUGGGGGGAUUCCGACAUGGAUGAGGAAACUUAUUCAAGUAGUCAGGAGACGCUCAAGGUCAAAAAGGAAAACAUCAUGGAAAAUGUAAAUGGUAAUGCCCCAGGGGUCAAUAGUCUCCAUCCAGGAGAACUAUUUGACGUUGAGCUGUCCAAAAAAGACAGCAGCCUGGGCAUAAGUGUCACGGUACUGUUCGGCAAGGGGGGAGUCAACACAACUGUUCGACAUGGAGGCAUCUACGUCAAAGCCAUCAUCCCAAAAGGAGCGGCUGAGCUGGAUGGAAGGAUACAGAAAGGCGAUCGUGUGGUGGCUGUGAAUGGAAAAAGUCUGGAUGGAGCCACUCAUCAGCAAGCAGUAGAAGCUCUCCGAGACACUGGGCAGAUGGUGCACUUGUUGCUGGAGAAGGGUCAUCCGCCUACAGACAGCAUCCACGCUCCCCUCACACCUCAGCGCACCCCACCGGAUUCUGACCGCAAACGAAACCAGACCCAGAAUAUUGAGCCUCCGUUUGAGGUUAAAGAGAAACCAGAGUACAGCUUUAUUACAGAAGACAACGUGUUUGACGUGCGGCUGCUGAAGAACACGUCCGGGCUCGGCUUCAGUUUCAGCCGGGAGGAGAACAUUACAGAGGAACCGCACGGCUCCAGCAUGGUGCGUGUUAAAAAGCUGUUUCCUGGUCAGCCAGCUGCAGAGAGCGGACGCAUCAACGUUGGCGACGUCAUCCUGCGGGUCAAUCAAACCCCCUUAAAAGGACUCUCACAACAUGAGGUGAUAUCGGCCUUGAGAGGAACAGGACAGGAGGUGACUUUGCUCCUCUGUAGACCUGAACACGGUGUUCUUCCUGAAAUGGACACCUCAGCCUUGACACCCAUGCCAUCUCCCCGAAAGGAGCCGUUGCCUCAGGUGGAGUCCAGCCUGAGCUCUAACAGGGCGACCUCUCCUACAGAUACAAAGCUUGUGACGAAUCAGAGCACCGUGGAGGAGGCCCUGGAGAGGCUGCAGCUCAAAACCCCCGGCCGACAUAACAGCUACAGCGACAGCACAGAGGGGGACGAGGAGGUGGAAGAAGCCUUCAGCCCAAGCAACGUGGAACAGAGGAAGCAAAUGUGGGAGCGGAGCGUCUACCACACCCCCAGCAGCAACCUGGGAUUAGGACGCUACGACAGCACGGGACAGCUGGACGACAGCGCCCACUCAGCAUUUUAUUCCCCGAACCUGUCGAUGACAAUAUCUGACCUCAGCAAGAGGGGCCCUUCAUCCCCUUCGAUGGCUGAUCUAGAAUCGUCUCCCCAGCCUAUGGUGUCCUCCCCCACUGCCCCAAGCCCUGAUCCCCUGCCCCCUCCACUGCCUCUACCCCUAAACCUAACACUGUCUGGCAGUGGACAGGACAUGGAGGAAUUUGUUCCGGACGUAGAACUACAUGUCUCGUUGGUGAAGUCAGAAAAAGGCAGCCUGGGCUUCACCCUCACUAAAGGAAAUGAUCAUGGGUGCUACAUCCACGACAUCGUCCAAGAUCCAGCCAAAGGAGAUGGAAGGCUCCGGCCCGGCGACCGAAUGAUAAUGGUAAAUAACACAGAUGUGAGCAAUAUGGGCCACACUGAGGUGGUCAAUCUUGUGCGUGCAGCCCCUCGUGUGGUUGACUUGGUGGUGGGGAGGGUCCUGGAGACCCCUAAGCCCCCCAUAGAAGCCCACCUGCUGCCCGACAUUUGCUUUAAAGGCAGCGAUGAACCACUGGGCUUGGUGCUGGAUGGAGGCAGUGACAGCGUUUACGGCGUCUUGUAUGUGAAAGACAUGGUGCCAGGUUCAUUGGCCUCUGAGGAGGGGAGCCUGAGACCACUUGAUCUGAUCCACUACAUUAACGGUGCUCCCACCCAGGACCUGACUCUCAGCGAGAGCACCAGACUGUUGGAGCUCUCCCUCCAUGACCUCACUCUCAAGGCCACCAGGGAUGGGAAGCCUGUGUCUCCUGAGCAGAAAAGUGUCUCUUUUCUUAACAACAACAUCAGUCCCAAUGUUUCCUCCAGUAUUAAUGGGUUUCUUAUAGGAGAAGAUCCAAGAGAUACAGAGGGUAUCGCGGCCCUUUGUCCUUUGGAGGAGGACAUCAUUACGCUGGAUCUGGAGAAGCCGCACGCAGGAGGUCUGGGUUUCUCUGUGAUUGGAGGAGAGCGGGGGAUAUUUGUGAAGUCAAUCACACCGGGAGGGAUAGCAGAGUCUUCAGGCAAACUGCAAGUGGGAGACAGGCUACUGAAGGUGAAUGAAGAUCUGAUGACAGGUGUGUCCCACACCAAAGCCGUUACCACCAUCCGUAAAGCUAAAGACCUGGUUCACAUUGUGGUGUCCAGACCGCCUGACCAGAACCCAAACACUUACCUGGACUACCUGCCGAUCAACUCUGACAAGUGUAACGGAAACACAGAUCUGAGUGAGGACAGUGGAGUGAAGACUAAGCUGUUAGCUCCAAAGAGUGAGCUGAAGUCUGGCAGCUUCCCUCAAAUACCACCUAUAGACUAUGAAGAUGAUCUACUAGAAGAGAAGAGGGACAGCGCAGAGCUUUCAGAGGACACAGACUGUGAUGGCUCUUCUUUACCUGAAGACUCCCCUGAGAGUUCCAGGAAAGUGGAAUGGCCAGAGGAGAGUGUUGACGAUCCAAGGAGCGAAAACUAUCUGCAAAUGAGUGCUGGGCAGCCUGAUGAAGAUGAAAUCACAUGGGGGAGCGAUGAACUGCCUAUUGAAACCAUGAACUCUAAAUCAAGAGAUGACGGACCAAUCAUCACAGAGGACGAGUUGACCUCUUUGCCCCUCGUCAAAGUGGUCCCUGAUGGUCAGUUCACAGGACCCAAGCUGAACACCGUGGUCCGCAUGAUGAGGGGGCUCCUGGAGCAAAAAGUCCCACUGCAGGAGUUUGAGAAUCUGCAGAACCUGCAGCCUCUGGACGACUGUUUGAUUGGUCAGACGAAGGAGAACAAGAAGAAGAAUCGCUACAAGAAUAUCGUCCCCUUCGACACAACUCGAGUCGUGCUGGGCAAAGACGGGGGCUACAUCAACGCUAACUUCAUCAAGAUGCCUGUGAAGGAUGAAAGCUACAUGUACAUCGCCUGUCAGGGUCCCUUGCCCACCACUCUGGGGGACUUUUGGCAAAUGAUCUGGGAGCAGAAGUCGAAUGUGAUCGCCAUGAUGACGCAGGAGGUAGAGGGGGGGAAAGUGAAGUGUCAGCGGUAUUGGCCGGACACACCGAGGACGGCGGAGAUGGUGGACGACCGGCUGCAGAUCACGCUGAUCAAAGACCAAUAUCUCGACAACUUUGUCAUUCGGCUUAUCGAGGUCAAAGAUGUCCAGACCAAUGAAAUCCAGUGUGUGACUCAUCUUAACUACACGGGAUGGCCGGACCACGGGACACCUUCACAACCGGAGCAGCUGCUCACAUUUAUUUCUUACAUGAGGCACGUGCAUCGAUCGGGGCCCAUCAUCACACACUGCAGUGCGGGCAUCGGUCGGUCAGGGACCCUCAUCUGUAUAGACGUGGUUCUGGGUCUCAUCAGUAAAGAUGCUGAUUUUGAUAUUUCAGAUGUCGUACGGAAUAUGAGACUUCAGAGACAGGGAAUGGUCCAAACAGAGGACCAAUAUAUUUUCUGCUAUCAAGUGGUCCUCUACGUCCUCAGAUGCCUUCAAGCCGAAGAAAACGUCUCAGGAUAGCAGAAAGCACAUGUCGUUGUCAUAUAGACGCCGGGUGACUGUUUCACAAGUGCAAAACAAUAAUGGAGGAGUUGACGGGGGGCAGACAUCGCCAAAUCACACUACCAUGUUUUUAAAAUGCCUUAAAAUAUUCAACUCCUCGAAAGUAAAUCCUUUUAAAGAAGUCUAUAUUUUUACGUUUGCUUUUUGAGUUCUCUCUCUCUUUGGCUGCUACUCCCUUUCAAUGCAUUUAUGAGAACCAAGAUUGUAUUUCUUAUCCUCACCCACAAGAGAAUACAAAUGUGUUUCACCCCCUCCCCCCCCCCACAGAUUCUUGGAUAUUUUAAAAUAAUGAUGAAAAUGAUCAAUGACUUCAUAUUUUAUGUGGAACAAAUUUGUGUAUUUUGAAUCCUAUUUUGAUGCUGGAACAUGCCUUGACAGAAUACUAUGUCAGUAUUUGCUUUGUAAAUCUAUUAUACAGUAAUUCCUUACUGCCUGAGGUAAAUGAUGAAAUUAAAAGUGUACAUAUUCAUCUCCUGAAGAUUAAACUGGAUACAUUUUAAUGUGA